AUGGCUUCCUCCAGGCUCUUUUACUUUGGUGUCGAGAUCGAGUUGCUGAUGGGGAGCAAGAAGAGCAAGCACUCGACGUGGAAGUCGCUGGCCAGCGAGGUGGCCAAGAAGCUGGCCAAGGCCGGGAUUGACAACCACAUCAACGAAUCCGGCGACAAAUCCCCUGACGUGUACACCAAGUGGUCCAUCGCCCCCGAGGUCACGAUCCCCGGGCAGCCGGCCAAGGGGCUGUACGGACUCGAGCUGGUCUCCCCCGUCUACCCGUCGGACUGGACGUGGGCGGCAGACCUCGACGUCAUCUUUAGCGUGCUGCACUCGUCCUUCACCGUGGUCGAGUCCGGCAAUUGCAGCACGCACGUGCACGUGUCGACGUACCCGCCCCUCGAAGCCGACGAGCUGGCGACGCUGGGCAAGGCCAUCCUGUACUUCGAGCCGGCCUUGGACGCGCUCGUGCCCAAGGGGCGGCGGGGGUCGACGGCCUACUGGUGCCAGUCAAACCGGGCCAACCCGGUGCUCAAGGGUCGGCGGACGCUGGCCGAGUGCUUCGUGGCCGUCGACGAGGCCGUGGCCGCCGCCGCCAUGGCUGCCAUGACGCUAUCGUCGUCGCCCUCUUCCUCGUCAGACGGCGGGAGUAGCAACAGCGGCGGCGACGCGGGCCGCGAGGCCGUCGUGGCAGCGCUCAACAUGUUCCCAGCGUCGUCGGCCUAUGGGCGCGCGCACCGCAAGAAGCACGACUUUGUGCGCGGAAAGGUGUACAAGUGGGACCUGACGGGCCUGUGUUCGGCCCGGGGCACCGUCGAGUUCCGCCAGCCACCGGGCAGCCUCAGCGCGGGCCAGGCUGUCGGCUGGGUCUCGCUGGCGCUCUCUUUCGUCGAGGGCAGCCUCAGGGGCGACACCCCCUGGUUCCUGGACGGGGAUGGCGCCGACUUUGAGGACGGGGCCCCCGUCGAGCGGCUGUGGGAGGUACUCUGCGACGGCGCCGAGGGGCUGGGGCUCGGCGUCGCGGGGAUCAGCGACGUCUUUGCGACGAGGAAGUAG